AUGGUUAAUUUAUAUCAAGAUAAUAUUAUCACCAAAACAUUAAUCAAAAAUAAAAAGCUCAAAUGGUGCAGAUUAAUGUUUGCUAUUUACGUUAAAUUACAUACCGGUCGAUUCGAAUGUGUUUCUUCACCAAUAUUUUCAGAUCUUAUUAAAGAAACCUAUGGUGCUCAAUCAGUUAAAAUUGAUAGGGUUUUUCCAAACAAAAUUUGCAAAAGAGGUGGUCAAAUGAUCUUUGUUCCACUGCAAACAGCAGAGGAAAAGCAAAACUUAGAUAUAAAAUGCAAUGAUAAAAAACUUAAUGAUAGUGAUUUUCAAAUUGCUGAAACAAUUUUAUCAUUCGAAUCACCUGUAUGUAUGCAAGGCAGUGAGAAUCUUCACGUAAUUAUACAUAUUAAAAAUACUGAAGAUCGGAUUGAUUUUACAUUGCCAUAUCAUCGUCAUAGUAUUAUUCGUUUUUUGUUUUAUUUAGAUAUGAAAAAUAAAAAUUCAUUUUUAUUUAUAGACGAUCAUCCUGAUCCAUGUGGAAUGGUUAAUGAAGAUUAA